AUGAGCGCGCAGCAGGAAACCAGGACCUUCGUGGUGUGGGAUUACUUGGUGUUCGCGGGGAUGCUGCUCAUCUCCGCAGCCAUAGGCAUUUAUUAUGCCUUCUGGCGUGGCGGCCAGCAGACCCAGGCAGACUUUCUGAUGGGCGGCCGGAAGAUGACGGCGCUGCCCGUGGCGCUGUCCCUUACUUCCAGUUUCAUGUCCGCCAUCACGAUCCUGGGUAUCCCCGCCGAGAUCUAUCGCUUCGGGGCCGUAUUCACCAUCUAUGGGUUCUCCUAUAUCAUUAUUGUGGUCAUCACCUCGGAAGUCUUCCUUCCAGUCUUUUACAAACUGGGAAUUACCAGCACCUACGAGUACCUAGAGCUUCGUUUUAACAAACACAUCCGGCUCUGUGGAACGGUUCUGUUCAUCAUUCAAACGAUUCUGUACAUGGGAGUUGUCAUUUAUGCUCCGGCUCUUGCUAUGAAUCAAGCCACGGGACUCAAUUUGUGGGGCACGAUUAUUGUCACAGGAGUGGUCUGCAUCUUCUACAGCUCAAUGGGUGGAUUCAAAGCUGUUGUCUGGAUACAUGUUUUCCAACUUGGAAUUAAGAUGGCUGGAUUUUUUUCCGUGAUCAUACAGGGUACUGUGGUUCAAGGUGGAAUUAACAAUAUCCUAAAUGAUUCCUAUCAUGGAGGAAGAUUAAACUUCUGGGACUUCAAUCCCAGUCCUCUUCGAAGAUACACCUUCUGGACGAUCAUCAUUGGCGGUUCCAUCACAUGGCUCACCAUCUUUGGUAUCAAUCCAGCUCAAAUCCAGAGGUACAAUGCCUGCAAAAGCCGUUUCCAUGCAAAAAUGGCCCUUUAUAUAAAUCUUAUAGGAUGCUGGGGAAUUCUUGCCUGUACAACGUUGUGUGGUCUUGUCCUUUAUUCAAGAUACCAUGACUGUGAUCCAUGGACAUCAAAGAAAGUAUCGGCACCAGACCAGCUCAUGCCCUAUUUAGCACUGGACAUUCUGCAAGAUUUUCCAGGACUCCCAGGACUCUUUGUGGCAUGUAUAUAUAGUGCAACACUGAGUACCGUGUCUGCCAGCGUCAAUGCCUUAGCUGCAGUAACAGUCUCAGACCUCAUCAAACCUCACUUCCCAUCACUCUCGGAAAAGACUCUGUCUCGGCUUUGUAAAGUGACAAGUAUGCUGUAUGGAGCCCUGUGCAUUGGAAUGGCAGCUUUGGCAUCACUUAUGGGAGCUUUGUUACAGGUGGUGCUCAGUAUCUUUGGUAUCAUUGGUGGGCCUCUUUUGGGUUUGUUUUCUUUGGGCAUCUUGGUCCCCUUUACCAACUCAAUGGGGGCAUUUGUAGGGCUCACUACAGGAUUCAUCAUUUCCCUUUGGGUUGGAAUUGGAGCUCAGCUUUAUCCUCCCCUUCCAGAGAAUAAUUUACCAUUGAGCCUUAUUACAGAUGGUUGUAACAUAACCAACUUCCACCGCCAGAGGAACUGGAACUCAACUACAGAAACACCAUUUUCUCCAAAUGCUUUUCAAGUUCAUCGUGCUGAAAGAACUCCCCUAAUGGACAACUGGUAUUCCUUAUCAUUCUUGUACUUCAGCACCGUUGGAAUGUUGGUCACUAUAUUUGUGGGAAUAAUUGUUAGCCUUCUAACAGGAGGAAGGAAACAGAGUAUAGAUGACAGAUUCCUACUAACCAAAGAAGACUUUUUAUCCAACUUUGAUUUUUGCAAGAAGGGGAAACUAGUUUUAAACCAGCCACUUUAUGUGAUGGAAGAUGAAGGUACUAAAACACCUGACUUCAAUCAACCAACCGAACAGUCAACAAAAAAUUUUUAA